GCGGAGCCUCCCGCCUGCAAAGUCCCUGGCGCGCGGGCAGCCACGAGCCGCCACCACUGCCGGGUCCUUGGUUGCUCGCUCCCCUUCUCUCUCGCCUGUCCCCGGACGUCCCGAAGCUCACUCCGCCGGCUGCGGUUGUUCGGAGGCGCUGCCCAUGGCCCAGCCCGAGAGCCGACUUCGGACGCCGGACCCGCUGGACCGCGGCGCAGCUCAGUAAUCGGCAGCCCGUGACACCCAUGUGCCAGUGAUCAGGAGGCAUUUCCUGCCGCAGUGCUUCAUGACCCAGCGACGCCCGGCCCAGUGAAGCCCCCGUGGUGUCCGGCAUGGCCGCGCUACUCCUGGGCACGGUGCUGCUGGUGGCCCAGUUGCAGCUCGUGCCUUCCCGCCCCACCGCCGCUGCAGGGGCGGAGCCAGGCCAGCAGGAACUUGUGCGGAAAGCGGCCCCGCUCCAGGACGAGGGCCCCGACGGCGCGGCCCCCAACGGCUCGGCCCAGCGGCUGCCGCAGACCAUCAUCAUCGGCGUGCGCAAGGGCGGCACCCGCGCCCUGCUGGAGAUGCUCAGCCUGCACCCCGACGUGGCGGCCGCGGAGAACGAGGUCCACUUCUUCGACUGGGAGGAGCACUACAGCCAGGGCCUGGGCUGGUACCUCAGCCAGAUGCCGCUGUCCGGCCCGCACCAGCUCACCGUGGAAAAGACUCCCGCCUACUUCACGUCGCCCAAAGUGCCUGAGCGGGUCCAUGGCAUGAACCCGGCCAUCCGGCUGCUGCUCAUCCUGCGGGACCCGUCCGAGCGCGUGCUGUCCGACUACACGCAAGUGCUGUACAACCACCUGCAGAAGCGCAAGCCCUACCCGUCCAUCGAGGAGUUCCUGCUGCGUGACGGCCGGCUCAACGUGGACUACAAGGCGCUCAACCGCAGCCUCUACCACGUGCAUAUGCGCAACUGGCUGCGCUUCUUCCCGCGGCGCCGCGUCCACAUCGUGGACGGCGACCGCCUCAUCAGGGACCCUUUCCCCGAGAUCCAGAAGGUCGAGCGGUUCCUGAAGCUGUCGCCGCAGAUCAACGCCUCGAACUUCUACUUUAACAAAACCAAGGGCUUUUACUGCCUGCGGGACAGCGGCCGGGACCGCUGCUUACACGAGUCCAAAGGCCGCGCGCACCCCCACGUGGACCCCAAACUCCUCAACAAACUGCACGAGUAUUUUCACGAGCCAAAUAAGAAAUUCUUCGAGCUUGUCGGCAGAACAUUCGACUGGCACUGACUGGCAAUAAGCUAGGCUUGGAACCUUUCCUAUUGUAAGUUCUGGUGUACAUCUAGGGGGAAAAAAGAGAAUUUUAAAAGGGCAUUUAAGCUAUAAUUUAUUUGUAAAAUCCAUAAAUUACUUCUGUACAGUAUUAGAUUCACAAUUGCCAUAUAUACUAGUUAUAUUUUUCUACUUGUUAAAUUGAGGGCAUUUUGUAUUGUUUUUCAUAGUUGUUAGCAUUGUGUAAUAUGUCUAUGAAGGAACUAAGAUUUCACUGCAAACAAAACAAAACAAAUUCUGGAGACACUAUCUUUUUGAAUAUAAUUAACUUGCCCCCAACUCAAAAUAGCUGUCUGUAUUGCUCUCAUUGGAGAAUCUAUAUUCGUUUGUUACUUUAAAA